UGACUGACAGCAGAGUGCCAAAAGGCGCAGACGCACUCCGAUUGGCCGGAGCGCACUUUACAAUCUCCUCUUGUUUCCGAGCUCGCACAGGCAGAGCGCUUCACUUCCCCAAACUCUCACAGGAGCCAGACGCACCAGAGGAGCGCGACGGGGCUGCAGACAGAGGACACUGCCUGUGGACUUUACCCAACACCAGAAACUCAACACGAUUACCGCGCGCCCCCCCACCACCCCCACUACAUUUGUUUCUUGUUGUUACUCUUUCACUUCUUCAUGCAGUGAGCGCCGAGCCGCCGUGUCUGAGCCGCACUGAGCCGCAUUCGUUUUAUUGCUGCAGGAAAAAAGAGAAAACAUGAGGGCUGCUUCUGAGUCCUUCUGGAGGAUGAUCCGGCUGGCGGUGACAGUGGCGCUCAUGUCAGCGUGCCGAGCGUCAGAGUACGAGUACCUCAGCUGGAAGGCGGACGCGUACAACGGCGGGCGCAGCUACGGCAAGCCUCCCCAGUGCGUGGACAUCCCGGACGACCUGCGGCUCUGUCACAACGUGGGCUACAACCAGAUGCUGCUGCCAAACCUGCUGGAACACGAGACCAUGGCCGAGGUGAAGCAGCAGGCCAGCAGCUGGGUGCCACUGGUGCACAAGAACUGCCACCCGGGCACGCUUCUCCUCUGCUCCGCUCUUGCGCCCGUGUGCCUGGACCGGCCCAUCUACCCGUGCCGCUGGCUGUGCGAGGCCGUGCGGGACGGCUGCACCCCCAUCAUGGAGGCGUUCGGCUUCCCCUGGCCGGAGAUGCUCACCUGUGACAAGUUUCCCCAAGACGACGUGUGCAUGGCCAUGACGCAGCCCAACACCACCGAGUCCACCAGUACCGCAGGUUACUCUCCCAUCUGCCCUCCAUGUGACAACGAAAUGAAAACAGACGCCAUGCUGGAGCACAUGUGUGCCAGCGAGUUCGCUUUCAAGACCAAGAUCAAGGAGGUGAGGCGAGAGAACAUGGACCGCAAGGUGAUCCUGCAGAAGAGGAAGAAAAUGUUGAAACCGGGGAACCUGAAGAAGAAGGACAUGAAGACGCUGGUGUUGUACUUGAAGAACGGUGCGGACUGCCCCUGCCAGCAGCUGGACAACCUGGGAAACCAGUACCUAAUCAUGGGCCGCAAGGUGGAUAAGCAGUACCUCCUCACGGGCAUCCACAAGUGGGACAAGUCCAGCAAAGAGUUCAAAAAGGCCAUCAAGAAACUCAAGACCUACAAAUGCCCCGCCUUCGAAAACGUCUUCAAAUAAUACGACCCCCACCCCACCUUCUUUGGUCGCAUCUCAUCCUACAUAUGAACUUGCACAAGCAUUAAAAUCCCAAACUUUGCUUUCUGUUGUCCUGUUUAUAUAUCUAUAUAUCUUUGUAUAUUUACAGAUAUACUUUGAAAUGUCCAUUGUUAAGUUUUUAGUUG